AUCAACGUACAAAACAUUCCUACCGAAAACAACUUUACUCUGCCAGCUAUAAUCCAAAAAAAAAAAAAAAACUUUACUCUUCCAGCUAAAAAAUUCACUCUUUCAUUUACCAAAGAAGAAAAAGCAAAACCAAUAUGCAUUCUCUCUUUCUUUCUUCUAAUUUCUAUGGUCUCCUCCUCUGUGAAUCCGUGACUAAGAAAGCACUUUCGUCACUCCCUUUUUCUUGCCCGUGACACACUCUCUUUCUCUCUCGUGAACUGCUUCAUAAAUUUCUCUCUCUUACACGCACAAACAAAAUCACACGCACAGAACAACCAAAAUCACUUCCAUCCAAUCCAAACAAUCAGGAAACAGAAAAAAAAGGAAAAAAAAGAAAAAAAAGGAAAAAAAAAAAGAGAAAAAAAAAAUCCAAAAAUCCGCACUACAAAUACCCAAAAUUGAAAAAAAAGGAAAAAAAAAAAAGAGAAAAAAAAAAAUCCAAAAAUCCGCACUACAAAUACCCAAAAUUUACUCACCAUGACAUCCCACCACAGAAAACCAACAAAACCCUUCCCACUCUCACUCUCCAAACCAACUUUCCUCCUCAUUUCCAUGGCUUCCCUCCUCAUUCUCUCCCUCAUCUCUCUUCUUCUCUUCUUCUCUCUCUCCUCCGCGUCUAACCAUCACAGCCACCACAAUCCCAAAAUCAUUCCCACCGUACCCACCUCCUCCUCUUUACCGGCAGCGAUCCAGCAGGCUUGCAAGGCAACCAGGUUCCCGGAACAAUGCCAGACCUCGCUAUCCCAAUCUCCCCAUCUCCCGCCCAACCCUUCCUCCGUCGAAAUCGUUCAAUCAGCCAUCUCUGUCUCGUCGGAAAACCUCAAAACCGCCCUUUCCAUGGUUAAAUCGAUCCUCGACUCCUCCUCCGGCAGCCAGAACCGGACCACCGCCGCGAAUAACUGCCUCGAGGUCCUUCACAAUUCCGAGUACCGGACCUCCCUCGCCGGCAAAGCCUUUCCGGCCGGGAAAAUGAAGGACGCCCGCGCGUGGAUGAGCGCCGCUCUGCUCUUCCAGUACGACUGCUGGUCGGCGCUCAAGUACGCGAACGACACCAAAAUGGUGAACGAGACGAUGUCGUUUCUUGAUUCGCUGAUCGGGCUGUCCAGCAAUGCGCUGAGCAUGAUGGCGUCGUACGACAACUUCGGGGCGAAGACCGAGUCGUGGGUCCCACCGAAAACGGAGAGAGACGGGUUCUGGGGGAACGGGUCUGGCAGUGGGUCGGAUCUGGGUUCGGGUGGGGGGUUUCCGUCCAAGUUAACGGCGGAUGCGACGGUCUGUAAGGACGGAAGGGGAGGGUGUUAUAAGACGGUGCAAGACGCCGUUAACGCGGCUCCGGAUAACGCGGUGGUAGGGAAGAAGUUCGUGAUUCAUAUAAAGGAAGGAGUUUACGAGGAGACCGUGAGGGUCCCUUUGGAGAAGAAGAACGUAGUGUUUUUGGGUGAUGGGAUGGGCAAAACUGUAAUUACAGGAUCUUUGAAUGUGGGCCAGCCUGGGAUCUCCACCUAUAAUACGGCAACAGUUGGAGUUCUUGGAGAUGGAUUCAUGGCAAGUGGUCUUACAAUCAAGAACACAGCCGGUCCUGAUGCACACCAAGCGGUAGCAUUCAGAUCAGACAGUGAUCUUUCUGUCAUUCAGAAUUGUGAGUUCUUAGGCAAUCAGGACACUCUCUAUGCUCAUGCCCUUCGACAAUUCUACAAAUCGUGCCGUAUCCAAGGCAACGUAGAUUUCAUAUUCGGAAACUCAGCUUCAGUUUUCCAGGACUGCCAGAUCUUCGUCGCUCCGCGACAACUCAAGCCUGAGAAGGGCGAAAACAAUGCUGUCACAGCUAAUGGCCGGACAGACCCGGCACAAUCCACUGGAUUCGUUUUCCAAAACUGUUUGAUAAAUGGUACUGAGGAGUACAUGAAACUGUAUUAUAGCAAGCCUAAAGUGCACAAAAACUUCUUGGGAAGGCCAUGGAAAGAAUACUCGAGGACGGUUUUCAUAAACUGUAACAUUGAAUCUCUUCUAGCCCCUCAGGGUUGGAUGCCAUGGAGUGGAGAUUUUGCUUUGAAAACUCUUUUUUAUGGUGAAUUUGGGAAUUCUGGACCUGGGUCUAAUUUGUCACAGAGAGUGGCUUGGAGUAGCCGAAUUCCUGCUGAGCAUGUCAAUGCAUAUUCAGUGCAGAACUUUAUUCAAGGAGAUGAGUGGAUUCCAACAUCUCAAUAAUUUUCUUGAAAAAAUUAGUGUAAUAAUUUGAGGCAUUAGUUUGAUAGUUCCAAAAUUACUUGGUAACUAAAAUAAUUGUUAGGUAGUAAUAGCAUUACUGAAAAUAAGAUAAUACAAUAAUUUUUUAGUAGUGGAUUUUGUUUUA